AUGACCCCAAAACCCUCGUUCCUGCUUCUUGGCACAUCUGACCUCAUAGAUGUCUCAGCAGUGCAAGAGAGCAACGGAACUCCAGCCACGGUGCUGGAUACCUUCCUUGGGCGGCUCUGUCCGAACCCAAACAAUCCAACUCAAGACUGGACACCACUUGACCCUAGCCCGUUCUAUGAAUUGCCGCCCUUGAUAACUGAAGCCAAGAACGCGCAAGAGGUCGUUGAUACCUUGACGAGCAACAUAGUUGGUUUCCAGCUGUCGGAGAUUGUCAAGACCGAGGGAGGCUGGGGCGGUGGUUCCAAUGUCGACGUGUCGGCCCAAACCAUAAGGACGUUCAACCUGCCACGCCAAUCGCAGGUCCUCAAAGCCAUGUGGCAGGAUCUAAAGGUGCGUAAGGAUAUUCUCGAGACCCUCGGCGAGCAAUCCAAGUUGUACAUGGUUGUCGGCUUCAAGACGUGUAUCAACGCGGAGGCGCAGUGGCUCGCAUCGAAGAACUGGACCGGCCGCCUCAGCCUCUCUGUCACAGAGAUUCUCGCGGUGGCGGGCGUGCCCAUCCCCCCAUGGCUCGAGGUCAAAAUCAAGGCGGGUUGCGACCGGGACAAGACGAUUGUGCAAAUGGCGAGCCUGUUCGGGGAGAGGAUAUUCGCCGUCCGCUACCGCCAGGUCGCGAGGCGGAACCGCAUCCUCCAGUUGAUGCAAGGCGAAAACGUGCCUGAAAUCACCAUAGCGAAGCGGGAGGCUACUUCGCUUGACGGACCGAUGACUUAUGCAGGGGCGGAUGACUCUCCUGGCGAUGACCCAGAUUCCAUAGAUUGGGUGAAAGCUUCGAAUGAUGCUAAUCUGUCAAGCACUGACCCUGAUGUCAACGAUAUCCAGCUCGUUCCCCUGGAGACAGUGAUUGAGCCUGGCCUCGAUCAAAUGAUUAUCGAGAUUUAG